CUUCUGCAUAUCAUCAUCACUCUACAUAACGCACCACAUACCACUUCAUGGAGUCGUUGUAUUUACAUAUUUGAAAUCUUCAAUAUAUAUCAAUAACCUAAUGAAAUGGAACUGACGUGGCUUGCUGACAUACCUCAGUCGCGGCGUCGCACCAGAGCCUUGAGGGCAUGUGCCCAUUGCCAAAGAAGAAAGAAACGCUGUCGUCAUUUAGGUGCAUACAAUGCCCAACCCCAAGACCAAUAUAAGCCUACGUGUGUGAUCGAUCAAAAUGAACCUGACGUCACAAAACACUCAUCAAUUAAUCCACCGACAACUGGGAUACAGGUCAAUCCAAGGGAAUUUCGCCCUAUUUCUCCUGACUUCCUCCAGACGGAGCGUUUUGUGGGAGAUCUUAAUCCGGAAGCUGUGAUUCGGGAAAGACUGGAUGCUUCAUGCCAAAGUCAGCUUCGAGACCGGAUCGGACUUUGGAUCAGCUCACCAGCUACCUGCAGCAAUGCAAAAGACCGAGGAACAGCUGGUGCUGCCCCAGGAAAUCCAUAUGAACCUCUCGGUCCACAAUCUGUUGCAAAACUAUUACACCAGCGGUAUGCAACUGCCUUGAAAGCUUGUGAGCGUCUCCCUCUUUCGACGCGAGAUCACUUGAUUCCCAUUUAUUUCUCCAGGGUCAAUCAUAUUUUACCACUUGUCGAUAAGGAUUCAUUCUUGCCUGCCUACUCUAAAGAAAUGACAUCAGUGUUUCUAGAAAGGGCUAUAUGCCUUGUUGCUGCGAAAGACCGAACAGCCUAUCCUUGGCUUCGACUGGCUACAAGUGGCCCUGUCAUGACGCCACGCCAGUUCUGCUCUGAAUUGUACAGAGGCCUUGUAGUCUCCCUCCAUGAAGGGCUUGAAACCGAUCGAAUUACUCGUAUCCGCACCUUAGCGCUGAUGUCCUUGCAUUGUGAGGGCCAUGAAGGGGCAGAAGCCGCUUCCAUGCAUCUUUGUCAGGCGAUUCACCAGGCUCAGACGGUCGGCCUGCAUCUUGACCGUCCUGGUCAAGUACCAGGGGAUUCCUCAACGGGCCUUUUUUGGUGCUUGUGGACGUUAGACAAGAUGCAUGCUUGCAUAGGCGGUCGCCCUGUUCUCUUUGCAGACCGUGACAUUGGUAUCAAGAAGCCCGGGUUCAAGCCCUCCCAUGCGAGGACUGCAUUUGAUGCUUGGUUUGCAAUUUCAGAUUUACUCGCCCAUGUGAUUUCAUUCUAUAGGCCAACUUCAGAUCAUACGGUCGGGUGGGAGGCCGGGUUUCCGACUUUCGAAGAAAUUAUGGGCGACGAUGUGCGCGAGGAUCUGGACUUUACUACUCUUGGCUUCCUCGAGCUUUUCUACCACGCUGUUGCCAUUCUUUCAUGCAGAUACAAAUUGACCGGUCGCCCUGAUGGUUCCAAAUCUUCGUAUAUACGGCAAGGUCUUUCUGCUAUUCGAAUACACUCCAUCGUAGCUACCGAAUGCUCCCAGGACCUCCCUGCAAUUCCCAUUGUUCCGUAUGCGCUCACACUAUCUAUGGGCGUGUCGUAUCAACAGUUCCGCUCGAGCAAACUUAUCACCCAUUCUGAUCGUGCCAAAGCUAGCUUGGAAGCUUGCUGUACGCUUCUAGAAGCCCUAGGGAUUUCCUGGUGUUCUGCAGAAGCAAUGGCACGGUUAGGGCGAAAGGCCCUACACCAGAUUGAUGGGUUAAAUCUUGGUUCUCACAAACCCAGCCAAGCUUCCACCCAGCCGCCAGCGCCCGGCAACACGCUCAUUAACUCUACAAACGCACAAAGUGCUGAGCCUGUCUUACAUCUCCCAUCUUAUCAGAGCGAUGACUAUCCAUUCAAUGACCUGUCUGCUGCCAAGCAAGCUUCCUCAACUCAGGGAUCACUAGACCCUCCAGAAAAUAAUAUGCAAGUUUGUGAGACCGAUGGUUUCGCCGAUAUUGACGUGCUUUUUGGUGACUUUUUGGAUUUGUCGUUACCUACAAACUUCUGGGACCCGGUUUUCUUACCCUGACGAGUAGCAUACAGGAACGUGAUGUUACUACUCUGUAAGGAAAGCAUGUGGAAAGGGUGGCACCAAUAGUACCUGUCUUAGGGAGAUUUGCCGGAUGGACCAUUCUGCGAUUUCUCAUUCGCGGGAAAGACUUUUGGAUAAAAGGCAAUGCCGAUCGUCAUUAGCGCUUGGAUCUGAGGCUUCCCUUGAGUUUUCAAUGUUUCCCAGCGACAGGUUGUGUUUGCCUUUCCACGUACGGACUUCUCUUUGCACUGCCUUAUCUUAGACAAAAUCUCAAAGAGGCCAUCAAAUCCAAUGUCUCUACUCCAUGCACUGUCCAUAAAAUUAUCGGACAUCCAUGAUUGGUGAUCCCGGUCGGCAAGUCACCCAGUUCAAACACGAAUCAUGGUGCGGGUCGACGGCAGUUGAAUAACACUUCUUGGGCAUACGGCGUCGGGAGUCGGAACCCAGGAUUAAAGGUCGAAAGAGGACCAAUUGACUUACUCAGGGUUCUGGCGAUUAAUACUUCCAUUAGAUAUUGCUUUAUGAUUUUCACGGAGGCAAUCUUGAGCUUGAGGUGGGGAAUUUAACAUAUAGAAAUAUUCUGGCAUCAUGGAUAAUUCAUAAACAGUGAUGAUGUGGUCAAGAUUGUGGCUCCGCCUUUCUCGUCUACAUUCAAUCUUUAUCGGCCCUUUUCAAG